AUGGAUUUUUUUACUAUCAUUUUUAUUUUGUUGAUAUUAUUUUUUAUAUUUGAUUAUAAUUUUUGCUCAAAGGGGUUAGUUUUUUACAUAGGAAAUAAAUCGUUAAGAAUUCUCAAAGGAUGCAAUAGCUUAGAGAGAGUCUAUCGGAGCCCAAUUUAUCUGAUGCAUCCGUUGUUGCAACAAUUGUUUGUCCACAUAUUUUUUUUUUAUCUAGAAAAAAAAAAGACAUUUGUAAAUAAUAUCAUAAGGGGAAAAACAGAAGAAAAAAGCAGAGAAAUAAAGAAAAGUUAUGAUGAGAAAAAGUGGGAUGGAAUAAUACUACAUGUUCUGCAAUAUUUAAUAACAACUACAAGGGAAAUUAAAAAAUAUAUACAAAAGAAAAUAUGGCAUAUAUUUUUUUUUAUUAUUGAAUAUACGGAAAUUUACCAAAAUAUUUGUUUAAAACCGCAUAUCAAUACAAGAGAAGUUCUUAAUAAUAACAACUUUGGAGUUGUAAUAGUAGACUACUACUUACCCAAUUGUACUGUCAAAAAAAAAAAAAAAAAAAAAAAAAAAAAAAAAACAAAUUCAGAUAAUUUGAAAAACGAUAUAUGUGAUAUUGAUUUGUACGAUUUGGUAAAUAUUAAACAAGAAAAAAAAAUUAAACUUAUUUUAAUUGACCAAAAAUGGAAAACAGCAUUAAACAUAGGACCCAUAGAUGAUGUUGCCAGCGUGCGCUCCCUGUAUUUACAAGAUACUGUUUUGAUUCAGUAUUUCCAAUUCGCGUGCAUAUUUAAGGAGGAAUUUUUGAAAAAGUCAGGCGAAUCAGAUGGUAAAAGGGAACCCGAUGGAGGCCAAGUAAAGGAGCAGACUCAAGGAAAUUCGAAAAGUGUGAACCGAAGGAAUUGUGAAAAGAAGGGAGGAGAAGCUGAAGAAGCAGAAGUGGAAGAAGCGGUAGUGGAAGAAGCAGUAGUGGAAGAAGCAGUAGUGGAAAAAGCAGUAGUGGAAGAAGCAGUAGUGGAAGAAGCAGAAGUAGAAGAAGCAGUAGUGGAAGAAGCAGAAGUAGAAGAAGCAGAAGUAGAAGAAGCAGAUGGAGCAGGACAAUCCAUCUCAUCAAAGAAUAACCAAGUCCAAUGUGACCACUUUGGAAGAUGCAAGGAAAAAAAUUAUGAUCUGUGGAAUGAAAGUUCAGAAGAGUUAAUCUUGCGUAACCAUGCUGACAGGAAAGAUAUCUUUCAAAGACAGCUCGUGGAGAUACCCUCAGAUAAGAAAAAGGGUGAACAAAAAGAAGCAUCCCGAACGAAAGAAUCAUCCCUAACGAAAGAGAAACCCGAUGGUACCUACAGCAACGAGGAAUUUUGCAAAAGAAACAAAAGCAUCGUAGAAGACAAAAUAAGAACCGAUAUGAAUAAGUGGAAAUACAAAAAUAUAAAAGGAAUAAUCGUAAUUGUCCCAGAAAUAUAUUACAAUUAUGUAAACAUAGAAGAAAUGAAAAAUAGUAUUCCCUUGUACUAUGUUUUAGCUAAAGACGUCAAGGUAGAUUCUUUUACCGUUAUUGCAAAAUUGUUGGGAUACAUCUGUGUGCAUGUACAUAUUAACAUCAAUUUUGGCAUGUCAAUUCCCUUUAUUUUUAGUAAUAAAAAUACGAACAUAUUGAAUAUUGCCAAUGUGGAAAACAGAAAUUUUUUUUACGACAAUAUGAAGAAAGAACACAUUCAAGCAAAUGAACAAGAUAGGUUCCAUUUUCAAGCUGAAGAAAGUGCACAGAAACAGGGGGAUAAGAAUGGAAUAUAUAAGAGAGGUAGUAUUUCCGAUCAUUCCUUUAAUCUAGAUUAUCAUAAUAAUGUGGAGAGAGAAAUUGUUCACUAUGAUGAGAAGCACGAACAUUCCCAUCAACAAACCAAAAAGGGGAUCGGUGUCAAAAAGAGCCCCUUAUAUGAGGGAGACUCAGAAGAAAAAGUAAAAACUUGCACAAAUAUAAAAGCUCGGGAGAAUGAUUGUGGAAAUGAUGGAAAAUGGAACAAUUCCCAAUUGAGUUCCCCGCUUUUCUCAUGUCCAUUUUCCUUUUUCAAUGACAAUUACAAUGAUUUAAAUAUUGCUAUAACGCACUUUAAGUAUAUUUUCAAAAAUCACAAUUUUGUUUUCGUAAGCUUCAAUGAAGGCACAAAUAUUUUGUUACAGUACUUUUUAGAAAAAAUAUAUAAAAAAAAAAAAAAAAAAAGUACAGGAGAAAAUACAAAAAUUCCCCAUUUCAAUGUACAUAAUGCAAGCCCUUAUAAAUAUCCUUUAUCAAAUUAUAAACCAAAAGAAACGAAUGAUAAUGAUGUGAAAUUGGAUCCAUUUAAAAAUGAAAGCAAAGGAGAAAAAAAAAACAAAAAAAACUCUAACAUUGUGCAGACAAAUAAAAGUGAAGAUGAAAGCGAAAUGAUAAAUCAACAAAGUUACAAAAAUAAUAUUAUGAAUAUUUUUUUUAAAGAAAAAAAAAAAGUAGAAAUUGAGGAUGAAAAUAUUAGAGAUUGCUUUAAAGAAGUGAAAAAAUGGCAUAUUGAAAAUUUGACAACUGAUAUGAAACCAAAAAAUAGUGAAAGUUCCAAUAUACAAAAAAAAAAAAAACAUGUACAGACAGAAGAAAAGGGGAAUAUAGAAAGUACAACAAAUGGUGUGAUCAAAAAUUUGAAUAAUCCUAAAGGAAAUGGUAAUGCACAUGAUGAAAUGGCAGAUAUACCAGUUAUACGUGUACAUGGCGUAGAUGACGAAAUUGGGAAUGUUAUAAUGACACACAACAACGGUAAUGUAGUGAAUCAAUUCGAUUCAGAGGGAGUAGUGGCUAAAGACAAGGUUGAUGAACAGGGAGAAACAAAAAAUUAUUGUUCCGAUUAUGUAGAUUAUCCGAUGGAGGGAAACGAAGAAGCAGACUUCAGACACACACAAGAGCGAGGAGAAGAUAAAUCUAAUAAUGAGGCAGAUAUUUUAGGAAAAAAAAAAAAAAAAAAAAAACAUAUAGAAAAAAUAAAAAAUAUGAAAGAAAAGUGGAAAAAGAAAAAAAUAGAAUCUUUUAUGAAUAUAUCAAAAUUAAAUUUUUUUAACAAAAGCAAAGAACACAUUUGGGGGAAAAAUGAUUUCAUAAAGGAAAGCGAAUUUAAUGCAGUGACACCAACAGAUGAAGAUAGGGAGUUGUAUGGAGAUAUAUUUAAGUACAACUUGAAAAGUAUCAAAAGUGACGAAAACAGUUGUAAGGGUAGCGCUGAUUGCAGUAAUUAUGACUGCGUCAAACGACCAAGUAUAUAUUUGGCCAACUUCACUUCAUUAGAUGGAAAAAAAACGAAUAGUUAUGAGGCUAUCACCUCUAUUACCACGGCAAACAAGGAUUGUGAGGGUGCUCCAAAUGGUGAUCUGAAUGGUGAUCUGAAUGACGAUCUGAAUGACGAUCUGAAUGACGAUCUGAAUGACGAUCUGAAUGACGAUCCGAAUGACGAUCUGAAUGACAAUGUAGAUGGAGAAAAUAACAGGAGGGAUAUCUGCAAGAUGGACCGAAAGAACGAGGAGGAAAAUGAAAGAGAAGGAUAUAAACCGAACGAAGUUCCCAAUUUGGAAAAAAAUUCGGUAAAAAAAAAAGAAAAAAAAAUGAUGAAAUUAAAUGUUUUAGACAAAUUCAGAAAUAAAGAAACAAAAAUGAUAAAAAAAGGACAACAAGGAGAAGAUGCGUCAGGCAUUUCACAAAAAUUUAGGUACAGUUUUUUUCGAAUAAAAAAUAAAAUUACGAGCAAUUUUAAAACAUCUGAAUGUAAAAAGCAUCAACAAGAGAAAAAAAGUGUGGAUAGAGAUAAAAUGAUGAUUCAUUCAUUUAUUAAAAAUAAAAAUGCACAAAUUGCAGAAGAAAACAUUGAUUACUCUUCUGAUGCUUCUACUUGUGAUGAAUAUGGGAAAAAAAACACAAAAGAAAUCUGCCUAUUAGUCAACUUUUCAUACAAUAAUAUGUUUGAUAUAUUUAAUUACCCUGAUAAUUUUACGGAAACGUCACAAAAAAAAUUUUCCAUAAUUCAUAAGAUAUUUUAUUCUUUACAUAUAUUUUUUAAUUCAUUUUCCACUUUAAUAAAACAAAAGUAUUUCUUCUCCUCUACUUGUGAGCUAACUAAGUUUUUCAAGGUCUCUUUAUUUCAUCAUGCCAAUUUAGAAGCACGAAGUGACUUUUCCAUGGAUGACAACUUGAAGUGUAGUUUGCUCUUUGGCAUGCGAACUGGAGAAUCAGCACAGAAUUUCCAGUCAGCACAAAAAUGCAUUAAAGGGUUAGAUAGUGGAGAUGGGAAAAUGGUAUUAGAUGAAUACUUCUCAAAAAGAAGAAGUAACAACCAAAGGAAAAGUGAAAAUUUUUGCUUCCAUAAUGAACCGUGUAAUACAGGUACAUUAUCGCUAGUAGAAAAUAAUAAAGAGAUAUCUGUUCAGAAUGAUCGUACUAAAAGACACAAUGACGAAGACCCUCUUUUGAACAACUUACACAGUAGUGACUUCAAUAAAGAUUGUAACAAUCUAAAUACAUGGUGCAAUCCAAGAACCAAAAAACGCUUCCUUAGCGUAAGUAAAUACACAUCAUACAGUAAUAAUAAUCACAUUAAUCAUGUUACCAAUUCUUAUAACAAACAUAACAGUGGCAAUAACACUGUUCGCAAUGAAACCAGUAACAGAAAUCUUGAUAUUGAUCAUACGCAGCUUACAAGUGAUAAAAAUUAUUGCCAUAUAUUUAACAAAGCCAAUAAAAGUCUAGAAAUAGCAUCAAAUUAUAGCUUCUUAAGAGAGGGUUACUUUUUUUCACAAAAUUCUUAUGAUGAUUUUCAUCAUUGGGGGGAAGAAAAACUUAAUAGUGCUUAUGUGUUCCCUUCAAAUAGUAAUAACGAUAUUGUGAAAAAGUCAAAGAAAGUGGCAAAUGCCUCAAGGAUGAUGCUUGAUCGAGACUUUCAAAAACAAUUUUUUGAAGCAAAUAUAUCAUUAGAGGGUGACGAAAGCAUAAGAACAGAUGGAAAAAUAAGUGUCAAUUCUGUAAAUUAUAAUUCUUUUUUCCACUUGGAUAAUUUAUCCAAUUUGAAGAAAAGGUCAAAAAGGGAAUCAAUUUUAAAGAAUAUGUACAGGUGUGUUAACAAAGAGAGUACGCAAAGCAAUGAAGAAGAAAUGAGUAAAUGCUACAGGAAAAAUACUCUAUGUGACGAAUCGUUCGAAAACGCUUUACGAGCUUAUUUUAAUAUAAAAAGCAUGUAUGGCAAGUGGAAAAUAUAUUUUGAAGAGAAUAAAUUUGAAGGAAAUAUGCAAGAAAAGUUUUUGUUUAAUUUGUCCUUCAUUUAUAAUGUUUAUAAUUACUUAAUAUGGAUAUAUAUAUGCACUUAUUUUAAGGAGGAAGCAUAUUUCAACUUUUGUGAUAGCCAUAAAUUUUAUCAAUUUAUGAAAGAAAUAAUUACUCUUAAUGAUAGAAAAGAGUUUAAAAGAAAUAGCAGUUUUGUGUCUACUACUGACAAGUUUUUCACCAUACCAAAUUUUUUCCAUUAUAAGGAUUACAAAUUGAUAAAAUUAUUUUUUUAUUUAUUACAAGAUUCAGCUAAUCAGUUCAUUUCGAAAAAUAUCGAACAUUUUCAAUUUCCCCUAAUUUUUAUCUUUUGUUUGGAUUCCAGAAAUUUUCAUUUUACACAUUUUGAUAUUAUCAAAAUUUCAAAAAACAACAACCUUAUUUAUUUGUUGUAUAAAAGGGGGAAUGAGGGAUUAUUUUUGUCUGGUUUCAGGCCGUACAUAUGGAUACACAAGGUCCUCUUUGACUUUGUAGAAUCUUUGUUUUUAUCGACAUUUGAUAAUUAG